GCGCUUCCGGGAGGCGGGGCGGAGCGGCACCCCCGCGGGGCGGGGCCGCGGCGCCCCCUGGCGGCGGGGCGGUGUGGCGGUGUCAUGGCGGAGGUGGGCGCGCACCUCACGGCCGCCCCGGCCGGCGGGGAGCGGCCGUCCGUGUUCGAGGCGGUGGCCCAGGACAGCCUGAUGGCCGCCGUGAAACCCGCCCUGCAGCACCUGGUCAAGGUGCUUGCUGAGUCUAACCCUGCCCGGUAUGGUUUCCUCUGGCACUGGUUUGAUGAGAUCUAUGUCCUGCUGGAUUUGCUGCUCCAGCAGCAUUACCUGGCCAGGUGCAGCGCGUCCUUCUCUGAGAACUUCUACAGCUUGAAGAGGAUCCCCGUGGGAGAUGGCAGACAGCUACCUCUGGCCACAGCUGGCCUGCCAAAGAGGCAGCACUGGAAGUCUCUGCUCCUGCUGGUUCUUGUUCCUUACCUGAAAGGAAAGCUGGAGAAACUGGUGUCCAGCCUGAGGGAAGAGGAUGAGUACUCCAUCCACCCUCCCUCAUCGUCUUGGAAGCGCUUCUACAGAGCCUUUCUAGCUGCCUACCCCUAUGUAAACAUGACUUGGGAGGGCUGGUUUCUUAUCCAGCAGCUGUGCUACAUCCUGGGCAAGGCUGAGCAUCAUUCCCCCAUGCUGAAGCUGGCUGGUGUCCGCCUGGUCAGACUGACUGCAGAGGAUAUGCAGGCCCUGGAGAAGAAAUGGGUUGAAACCACCUCAGAUCAAACACACAGCUUUACCUCACGAGUGCAGUCAGCCCUGAGGAAAGCUCUGGGCGGCAUUGCCUUCUCCCUGUCCACCGGCCUGUCUGUCAGCGUGUUCUUCCUCCAGUUCCUGGACUGGUGGUACUCCUCGGAAAACCAGGAGACCAUCAAGGCCCUGACAGCGCUGCCCACGCCCCCGCCCCCGGUGCACCUGGAGCAGGAGCACACCUCCGCUCUCCUGCCCAGCCUGAGGAGCGUGUGCCCCCUGUGCCGCAAGGUGCGCGUCAACGCCACCGCCCUGGCCACCUCCGGCUUCGUCUUCUGCUACCGCUGCGCCUACGGCUACGUGAAGGCUCACCAGCGCUGCCCGGUCACGGGCUAUGCCACUGAGCUGCAGCACCUGGUCAAACUCUACUCCCCUGAGAGCUGAAAGGCUCCCAGGAGGCUCCAGCCCCUCUUUCUGCAUCCCACGGAACACUUCGGACCACCGCGGCGCCUCAGUGGGCUCUCAGCGCCUGUGAACGCGGUGGUUCAUCGGCUUUGCUGCCUUUGCACAUUCUGGCAAGGCUCUGCCCUUUGUGGAUAAGCUGUCCAAACAUCCUGGUGGUUGCAGAGGGAUCACACAGCCCCAGCCUGUGAGCCAGCCUUAAGACCAGCUGAAAGGGAGGGAACAUAGAUAUGGGUAAGAGGAGAUGUGGGGAUGAAAGACCAGCACUGGUGCUGCUUGAGGGCAUGAGCCAGCAAAUGAAAGAGGUAGGGAAAUUGUCUAGGCAAGUUUUUCCUCCCUGGGCAUCUUCCCAGGCCCUCGUGCUGCCCAGGGUGAGCUCUGGCUGUGUCAGAGGUGGAGACAGGCUUAAACCUCUACUCUUCAAUCUGCUGCAUUUUCAGGCUUCUCACCUUGGAAUUGAGAACAUCACCCUCCUAAUUCCCAUCAAUGGUUCUCAAUUAAGACUUUUGACUCUUUAAAGGAACAAGAUGGACAGGAGCAAUGUGACUUUUUCUGCACAAAAGAGAAAAUGACAAACCAGAUUAAAACAAAUUGCCAACUGACGAGAUUGGUUUAUUGUUAAAUAAGUCCUUGCAUUCAUUAUUAUAUGCUUUUAUAAAGCAAAAUUCUCCCUUUAUUGAGAAUCUAAUUUACUUCUUUUCUGGCUUUUGCAAACACACUUUGCUCCUCUGGAGGCUCUAUUUAUUUAAGAGAGACAAGACUAAAGCUGCUUUCAUCUUUCCAUGUGAUGGUAGUGGAUGGAAGAUGAGCACUUUGUAGGCUGAGGAUCUUUAAUAUCUGAGCAUUACAUUGCAGUUAUUGCAGUCCCAGCCAUGUAACACAUUUGUAUCAGAACAAAACAUCACACAGGAGGAAAGAAAAUCUGUGUGACAUGGUUGACACCUGAUUUUUUAAGGAUGGAAGGUUGUUUUCCUGACUCUAGGGAGCAGCAGCGCUCCAGAUAUCACAGUGACAGUGCUUAGAGAAUGCAAGAGCAGUUUGCUGCACAAAGUACAGGACCCCAUUCUGGUCUUUCCAGAUUAAGAGAUAUCUUCUAAUAUUUAAUCCACUGAACCAGGCAUCUCAUUUUCCCUCCACUUUAGCUGUGCUUCAGAAGAUAAAAAUCUCCAAUAUCCUCCUUCACCUGUAAGCAAGAGAGUAAGGUUCUUGAAUAAUGUGGGAAAAUGCAGUAAUUUGAAUCUUCCCAGAAUAUCUAACAAAUGAGAUUUGCUCCUGAUGUUUUAUUUUUACCUGUGCCACUAUGGAAUAAUAAUAAAAGCUGUCUCAUUUCUCUCUUU